AUGCACUUCCGGUCUUCACCGGAUGUUGCCAAGAAACAUUGAAGCGCCCUGUGAAGUACAGAAUCGAGCCCAGAAAAAUGUGUUCAUACCGCCCUGUUUGCAAGGUGUUGGUGCAAACGUCCGUGUGAAAAUUGUUGUCUGCAAUCUACUUAAAUUCUCCGUUGAUAUCGAGAGAAGCCCCGGUCUAGGUUUUCUUGCUGUGCCUUACCAAAUUGUGGACCAUGAUGGAGCGAAGAAGAGCCUUAACUAUUCCAUUUAAUGUUGACAAGAAUAACUUGAUGGAUAACCCACUCAAAAUCGCCGUGCCAUGUCUUUCAUCAAAGUAUGGGAAGUUAGAAAGACAGGUUUCCUGGACUACAUUUGCAGGUUGCAAACGCAGACAUCGUGUUUCACAGCAUAAAAAUGGUUCCAUGCUGUUUGAUCACAAGCAUGCAACAUUGGAAAUGGCCAGGAGAAAGCCCCGCCUGAUCCUCACCGAUGUCCUAGAGACAGAACUGGGCAAGGCUUAUAUAGAAAGGAUAAGAAUGAGUCGAGGACGAGUGUCAAGUACGCAGAGGGAGAGUGGUCGAUGCAGAGAGGAACCCCUGAUGUGCAGAGACGUGAAGUCCAGUCAGAGGGAGGCCAGAAAUGAUAAAAACAAGAGUGUAACCCCUAAAUGUAACCAGAAAACCACCUCCUCACCCGCUCAAAGGUCAAGACUCAAGAGAAGGUCACAAAAUGUUGAUGAUGAAGAGGACAUAGAAGAAAACAAAGAUAUCAAGGAGGUGAUAAUAGGACAGGACAACGGAGACCACUUCAAAUUUGCUGAAGUUGUAGAUUGUGGGUUGUCUGUGAGCUGGGAGCCUGCCGAGGAUACGGGAAGAUGUGAUGAGUUCUCCCCAGCCAGCAUUAAGGACAAUUGGACUGAUCCAGAAGAAGAAGUACAACACAGUGUGAAGAGGAAACGAAAGGAUGCAGGUUCCCAGUGCAAUGGGAUAGGCAGCCCCAAACUCCACCGUGAGAGUGUGCUUCGCCUCACUGGAGAAGACAGAAGAGAUGGAAGACCGGCCCCUACACGUACUUGUCUGGAAGAAAGUGGAGAAGACGGAGAUUUGGAGAGCCUGGAUCGUACCAUUGUACAGUUUGCGGUGGGAGCAGAUGAUCAAGAAGAAGUUCUGGUCCCAAUCCUCAGUCCUAAUUUGGAGGCUGCAGACUUUAUUGGUACUCCCAGACAAAGUCUUUCAUCUAGCCAGGACAACACAAACACAACCAGCCCCUCUGAACCCAUUGUGCUGUCCAGUGAUGAUGAUGAGAGUGGUAACGUUCCUCAGCGCUGCAGCCCAGCGGUCCAAAGACUAAUCGCUGUGGAAGACACUGUAAUACAGGGACAAUCCUCGCAGGAAGCUGUGGCCAAACGGCAAGAAGCUUCUGACAUACAAGACAUGCAGGUGUUGCAUGUAGUUGUAGAUGUUCCUGGUUCAGUGGUAGUUUCUCCCAUCCCCAGUAUAAACUACUCCUUCUCCACGCUGCACUGUGGAGAUUACAAAGGGAAAGCGAAUGGAGACGUCAUGAUAGCAGACCAAGAAAUCAUCAUACCACUGACAGACGCUGAUAAACAGGUGGAUGUGAUGUUAAUCAUUAAGCGUAAAGACCUGAGGAGGUACAGUGUUUGGGAGCAGCAGGAACUAGAGGACCGGAAGUUUGACCUUAGAGGCGACGAGGAUCCUUUUCCCGCCGCCGUCCUACUGUUUUGUGUGUCCGAAACUGCUGCAGCUGCUUUAAAGGGAGACCUCCUCAAGCUGUGUGUCAAACAAGAUGGAACCAUGAACACUGGCAAGGUGAGCCCCUUCAUCUUGCUGACUCUGACAAAUCCUGUGGAGGGAAUGGAGGGGGCUUUAAUGCGCUCCCUGCUGGACAUUGACUGUCUCAACAGUCUGGCACAUGAAGAAUCCAUCCAUGGUGCAGGCGAAGUUGGUUAUUUGGAAGGCUUCUACACUCCCGUUCUUUCUCUGGAUGAUAGCAUAGAGCUGAUUAGAAGAACUGGACUGGACACUCACCUGCUGUGUCUGCUGGGCCUGGAGAGCACUGACCCUAGACUUGACACAGACCAGGAUGGUCCAUAUUCUGAUACAGAUGAAAACACCACCCCACACAUCCAGCUGGAGGGUGAUUCACAGAAGGAGCUGGCGACAGCAACAGAACAAGACACAGGGACCCAAAUUAAACCAGAGGAGGAUCGGAAAGAACAAGACCUUGAACAUCCCUCUGAGAAGAAAAAGGAGGAACCCACUCCUGUAUACACACUGUGUCAUCGUAGAACCAAAGGAUCCUACUCCGCGUUCCUGUGUAAACCAGAUUCCAGAUGGACUAAAUUUAAACAUCAUGGCCUGGCUCGCAGGUUGGUCCAGUUUCCUCCUCCGCCAUUGAAAGGAGGAAUAACCGUCACAAUGGAGGACCUGCAGUGCCUUGACAGCGGGCACUUUCUCAAUGAUGUUAUCAUUGAUUUUUAUCUCAAAUACCUCCUCCAGAAUGCCUCUGCUGCUGUGGCCGAGCGCACCCAUGUCUUCAGCAGCUUCUUCUACAAGCAGCUAACACGGAGGGACAACGCCAGUGAAGGCGUCACUAGUGACUCCUGUCAGAGGCAGAGACGGCACCAACGGGUGAAGACGUGGACACGACACGUGGACAUCUUCAAUAAGGACUUCCUGUUUGUGCCUGUCAAUCAGGAGGCUCAUUGGUAUUUAGUUGUCAUCUGCUUUCCUGGACUGGACAAGCCAAAAUCUGAGGCCUGGAGUGGUGCAAACUCGCAGACAGGAAAGAGCCAUGGUGGGACAGGCGAGUUACAGGAAGAAGAGGUGGCUCAAGGAUCUAAAAGCCCAAAUGAUAACACAGAGACACCAUCCACACCACCUACAUUAAACCACAGUGACAGCGUGGACACAGAGACAGAAAAGCCUCAAGAAGAAUCCACCAAAGACCCAACACCUGGUCCAGUGAACUGCACAGAGCGGACCUUCCAGAAGAAAACUGUUAGUAAGAGGCCGUGUAUUCUUAUCAUGGAUUCCCUCAAACUUUCUCUUCAUGAGCGGGUCUUCAAACUCUUACGGGAGUACUUGCAGUCAGAAUGGGAGGUCCGUCGUGGUUCAUCGAGGGACUUUAGUCCUGAUCAGAUGCAAAGCUCACACUGCCAAGUUCCCCUUCAAGACAACAGCAGCGACUGUGGCCUCUACCUGCUGCAAUACGUCGAGAGUUUUUUGAAGGACCCUGUGGUGCACUUUGAUCUCCCUCUACAACUACAACGUUGGUUUCCACGGCAGCAGGUGCGGAGGAAACGAGACGAAAUCAGAGAUCUGAUACUUAACCUUUACCGACAUCAAAACCUGGAUAGUAACAGAUAGACAGAUGAAACAGCUCUGCUGUUCAGUGCAUCACAUUCCUGUAGCCAUUAUUAAUCACUGCUCAUACUGAGCGACAGACAUUUCAGCGUGAACUGAAAAUAUUCCCUUUUGCGUUAGAUGCUGUUACCAUUUUCUGCAUUGACUCAAACAAAACAUGUGAACCUCUGACUGUGUGUGGAUCCUGGGAGUGAACAUGGAGGCAUCAGUUAAUUUCAAAUAAACACCAGGGUUCAACAAUAAGGGUUACCCGAUGGCCCUGGGGGCAAGUAAAACGCCACAUCGGGCAAGUAAAUAUAACAACCCACUUGUCUGUUCGGGACUUUCGGCUCUCUCGUUAGAAGAAGAAGAUGACGGCUGCGUAUGAGCUAAAGCGAAAGAGAGUGUUUCAGGCGUCAUGGAAUAAGGAUUUUUUUUGGGUGGCAGUAGAGGACGUCGAUGAUUUUUUAUAAAAGCAUUUUUUUGUAUUUAUUUUCUAUGAAGAAUCAUAGAAAAAUGUACAAAAGUAUAACAACUUUAAGCCUCGUUUUGUACAGCAAGUUGUAAAGUGUUUUUGUUGAAUUUACGUGCUUUGCUGAUAUUUGAUAGACAUUUGAGGUCAUGUGUGACUUAGUAUUUCAGUUUGUCAUUGGUUUUCUAAUCGAAACUGUUCUGAUUCUGCAGUCUUUGCAUCAGUACAGAUUUACUCGAUAAACACAAGCAUAUUGAACAAGACUUUCUACGUUUCCAUUCAAAUUUCAUUAUAAAAUGACAUGAAGCUUCGGGAACUGGAAUCCCAACAUUAAGCCGCAAUUCCAUCUUUUGUCCCUUAUUGGAUACAUGGAAUAAAAAUAAAAAACUCAGUCACUCAGUGCCUCACUCAGUUAUCCUGUUAGGAGACUUGACAGUCUCUACAAAUCAUAAGUAAACUAGGAUUGUUCACGCACCUCUCUUUGCAACAAAGCUGAUUGUUGUAUUCUACCAUUUAUCUGUGACACCAUCUCUGUAUUGCGAUCAUCAUGAACCCUAAAAUCAUAUUGGGACACAGUGAUGUUACCUGAUAUCAACUUGACUGCAUAAAUAUGCAGAAUUAGUCAAAGUUGGGAUGUCAGACUAUCAAUACAGGCUACUGUAUAUUGUUGGUUUGCAUAUAGCAUAUUCUAAAUCAUAGCUCUGACAGGUUCUCUGAAAUAAAAAAAUUUAAGUCGCUUUGGCAUUACCAUUUAUUUGUCCUGAUUUGACACACCGUUGAAAGUUGAUGAAUGUAAACUACUAGCUUCAGUAUAUAGAUUAAGAAUAUUAUGGUACAAAAUGUGGGAGAAAUGUUCCCCAACAUGCAGUCCAAAUCAUAGAAGGGUGUGUUGUGUUCACUCACAGUACUUUUUUUUUUUUUUUUUUUUUAGCAGCAUCAACUAGGAUUAACAUAUAAGAAAUUUGAAUACUUAAUUAAUUAUAAUAAGAAUACGACUUGCAAAAGAUUCAGGGGUGUGUACACUUUAGCAUGUUUAACAGUAUGCUCUCAAAGGUAAAACCUAAUUAACACUUAAGAGACAUUGUAGUCUGUCACUACUGUUGCCUACAUUCUUCUCAUCAGAGAUCAGUCUUUAUAGUCUUUAUAGUUUCCCCCCUUUGGUUCAGAUGUUUAUGUCUUUUAACACUAUGAUGUUUAUGAUGUUAUGUUAGACAUUGUGUUGGAUAAAUGUACAGGGCUGAUUCCAAAAUUUCUUUGGUUUCAAUGGUAUAUUAAACUAGUAGACCAAAUGACACUUGC